UUUCUCUCUGUCUCUCUGUCUCUACUUCAUUUCAUCAGAUCCAUCUCUCUCUCUCUCAGUCAGUCGCCAUUGGAGCUGCCUUGGAGCUCAGGAGCUGAGUUCUUGCCCCGAGGCUUCUGCUGGAAGCUCGCGAUGGCUCGGCAACAUAAAGCGCAGUUGCCUUUCCUCCUGCUCAUACUUUCUGCACUCGUGGCUGACGCCUCCGUCCACGAGUACGCCGGGGAGACUUUCGCCAGCAAAGGCAACGCGUUCGUGGUCCACGGCGGCAGCGAAGGAAUCUACUCCUCCUCCUCCGCCUCGAAUCAGAGCGGGAGCGCCGUCCCUUCCAAUGGCGAAGCUUACAUCAAAUUUGAGAAGAUUACUUUCUGGAGACCAAAGGAAUAUGCCAACUUCAGCUCAGGGUUGAUCCAAGCUAUUGUCUUCGAAGUGGAAGACAGAGAGACGAUUGGGGGCUCGGCUUAUGGCGGUCAAAGAGCAGUUUGCUGCACCGCUGAUCUUGCGAAGCUGGGGGUCUGCACACAAGGACGAAUCAUCCACCGCCCUUCCCUUAUGAAUCCUGAGUGGCCUCAAGUGUUUGGUGUCUCAUUUGAAGGAGACGAUGUAGUCGCAACAAUGCCAGCAAAGUCAAUACCAGUAACUAAAACUGGAAUGUAUAACUUGUAUUUCAUUCACUGCGAUCCGAAUCUUAAGCAUGUCGUGGUUGAGGGGAAAACGGUAUGGAAGAAUCCCAGUGGCUACCUUCCUGGUAGAAUGGCACCGCUGAUGAAUUUCUACGGGUUUAUGUCAAUGGCUUUCAUCAUACUUGGAGUGUUUUGGUUCUCUCAGUAUGCAAGAUUUUGGAGAGAAGUACUUCCCCUCCAGAAUUGUAUAACAUUUGUGAUAACGCUGGGAAUGUUUGAGAUGGCAUUGUGGUACUUCGACUAUGCUGAGUUCAACGAGUCCGGUAUCAGGCCUGUGGGAAUCACAAUAUGGGCGGUCACAUUCGGUACUGUUAAACGCACAGUCGCCCGUCUGAUCAUUCUAAUGGUUGCCAUGGGCUAUGGGGUUGUCAGGCCUACCUUGGGUGGCAUUACUUCGAAGGUUGCAAUGCUUGGACUUACCUUCUUCAUGGCGUCUGAAGUUCUUGAGUUGGUUGAAAAUGUCGGUGCGAUCAGCGAUCUUUCCGGAAAAGCAAGACUCUUUUUAAUCCUUCCAGUGGCCCUCCUCGAUGCUUUUUUCAUUAUUUGGAUAUUUAAGUCUCUCUCCUCAACAUUGAAUAAGCUACAGGCUCGGCGGAUGUUGGUUAAGCUGGAUAUUUACCGGAAGUUCACAAAUGCUUUAGCAGUCGCUGUACUUGUUUCUGUCGGUUGGAUAUGCUACGAGCUCUACUUUAAAUCGAGGGAUUUGUACAAUGAGCAUUGGCAGAAUGCAUGGAUUAUCCCUGCUUUCUGGCAGGUCCUGUCCUUCUCUCUCCUUUGUAUCAUCUGUGUUCUUUGGGCCCCAUCUCAGAGUUCCAUGAGAUAUGCUUACUCGGGAGAUGCGGGGGAUGAAUUUGACAAGGAAGAGACGACUUUGACACUCAUCAAACCAUCGCCAAUCCCAUCUAAGGACAGCCGGAGUGUCCCAGAAGCUAGAUCUGCUCACGACAGCAAUGGAUCAGCUGAAGCUGAUCUGGAGGAAGAAAAGACAGAGUAGUGAAUGUUUGCUGUCGAAUCUUUGACUCCGGAGAAAACUUGCAGUCUGUGGGAAGACCUCUGCCAUGGAAUGUAAACCUUCUGUUUUCCCUGCCCCUCAUGGUCGGUUUGUUGUUGGUCAAUUUAAUUCGCUGAAUGCAGCAAGAAUAGUUGUUGUAAUAGAGGUGGAAAUUGGUAAAGUUGUGACAUUAGAAACACGGAUUCCGACUUCAUCAAGAGUGUUGCCAUUCUGCUGUAACAUCUAUGAAUCUUUUGCCGAUA